AAGUGUUAAUCAAUAACUGAAUCGACUGUUGAAAUAAAAUAACGAUUUUAUUAACGUUUGCUUAGUUGGUCUGUAUUUGUCAUUUGAUCCGAUGGUUAGUGUUUAUGACAGACACACGCCAUCAUAGAUGAUGACCUCAAGAGUGAUCAUUUGAAAAGAAAAUAUCGAUUGUUUCGGAAGUCUGUCUUCACUGACACAAUCAAAGCAUAGUUGUAUCACUUGAUCCACAAAUAAAAUCAUCGUUUGUCACAUCAUUUGUCAUCAAAAUUAAGACAUCGAUAGUAUUUGUGAUUAAAAACAAUUGAUUAUAUAAUUAAAUUUUAUUAAUACAACUAUCACUGAGAGAUGUCAAUAAAAUGUGGGUUAAAUUUGAAGAAGUCUUAAUCGCCAACGCUUUCUGGGUUACCGAGAGAGCCAACCUAUACUUUGUGUUACAGCGACGCAAAGGUCACGGCACUCGUGGUUUAUCAUCACUUUUGGUCGGAACUAUUGAUUCAGUAUUUGAUACAAAGCCGCCUCCAUAUCGUAUUCUUCAUCAGACAAACAAUUCAGAAGUCAGUUAUCUUGUCUCUUGUGCCCUAAAGAAGGAUGAAAUAGUGAAAGACUGGGAAUGGAUUGAACAUAAUUUGAUGCCAACUCUUCAAUCAUUUGAGAACGAAGACGAUGUGACAGACUUUGUUCGCUGUAAAAUAGAGAGUCUAAUCGCACAGGCAGUCAGUGAUAUGCCAACCGUCCAAAUCACUGAAACUAGUGAUAGUCGUGACUUUAGGAUUGCCAGCAAUAAGUUCGCCAAAUUGUUUACAAUGCCUGAAGAGGAGAAAUUAGUUAAUUACUAUUCGUGCAGCUAUUGGAACGGCAAACUUCCCCGACAGGGAUGGGUAUACCUAAGUGUCAAUCAUCUGUGUUUUUAUUCAUAUCUUUUUGGUAAAGAAUUGAAAAUCAUUAUUAAAUGGGUUGACAUCAAGCACUUAGAACGGGACAGUACUGUAUUGUUUCCGGACAGCAUUAAGAUCAUCACUCGAGACACUAAAAACUACAUUUUUUCAUUGUUUUUGAAUAAAACUAAAGAUGCGUACAAUUUGAUGGAACAGUUAGCUAAUCUAACAAUGAGACAAUUGAUCUCAGAUGAGAGACAUCUUCAGUAUAAAGUUGAUGCAAAUUUAGUGGCAAAAAAAUCUAAGAAUUUGCCGAAAAAGGUUUCAUUUUUGAAGAGAGAUUUAGACGCCCGAGCAAUGAGUGAGUCCUAUAGGAUUACAUUUAGACUGCCAUCCAAUGAGAAAUUAGACGGAACUCUACCGUUAACACUGUGGACACCUUAUAACAAACAACAUGUUUGGGGAAAAUUAUAUUUGUCUAACAAUUAUAUUUGUUUUGAAAGCAGAGUACAUUCAUUGGUUUCAUUAGUAAUACCAUUAAGAGAUAUUACAUCCACUGAAAAGAUAGACAACAAUCAGUCCACGGGAUAUGAAAAAAAUAAUACAAUACUAAUAGCGACAUCAAAGACUAAUUUUAUAUUUUCUCAUAUCGAUGACCGCGAGUUUCUUGUCAUUAAAAUAUCGGAAUUACUCGCAAGACUUAGUGAAGACAGAAGAUCCAGUAUUGACUCUUUGAGCAGACAACUAUCUUGUGUUGAUGGCCAGUCCACAUGGAUUCCCGAACCAGCUCUCAGUACUAAAUUUCCAUUUCCCGAUACACCAGAAUCAAUAGCUAAAGAGUCGGUUAAAACUAAUUUAUGGGAAUUGCAUUUCAUUGAAUACGGUAGAGGUAUCUCAUGUUAUCGGACCACAAAAGCCAGAGAACUAAUACUCAAAGGAAUUCCCGAUAAAUUUCGUGGAGAACUUUGGAUGUUAUAUUCGGGUGCUAUUAAUGAGCUUUUAACACAUCGUGGAUAUUAUGAACUCAUUGUCCAGCAAAGUCUGAGCAAACACAGUGUGGCCACCGAUGAGAUAGAGCGUGAUUUGCACCGUUCGCUUCCCGAACAUCCAGCCUUUCAAUCUUCUGAUGGAAUCAACGCUCUUCGUCGUGUACUUAAUGCCUAUGCAUUUCGUAAUCCAAGUAUCGGUUAUUGUCAGGCAAUGAAUAUUGUGGCUUCGGUUCUGCUUUUAUAUACUUCAGAAGAGGAAGCAUUUUGGCUUUUGGUGGCGCUUUGUGAACGACUUCUACCCGAUUACUACAAUACUAAAGUAAUUGGAGCUCUCGUUGAUCAGGGAGUGCUCGAAGAGUUAGUUAAAGAUAAUUUGCCCGAACUCUACAAUAAACUGAUUCCUUUCGGUAUUCUUUCAAUGAUUUCUCUCUCAUGGUUUCUCACUAUUUUCUUAAGUGUUAUGCCAUUUGAGUCAGCCAUACAUAUAGCUGACUGUUUCUUCUAUGACGGCGCUAAAGUAGUAUUUCAAGUGGCCCUUAAUAUAUUGGCUUCUAAUGAGGAAUCAUUAAUGGUUGCCAAAGAUGACGGCGAAGCAAUGACUGUACUCAGUGGUUAUCUCGAAAAUAUUACCAACAAAGACGCAAAAAUACCUCAUAUCGUUCAUUCCGUUGCUUACGGAUCAGCUUCAAAGAGAGCCAGUCAGAUGAGCACCGAAAUCAAUGAUUUAAUAUUCGAAUCGUAUUCGAAAUAUGGAUUUAUUACAACAAAUCAAAUCGAAAAACUUCGAGUUAAACACCGAAUAAAUGUUGUCCAAAAUCUUGAAGAUAAUACCAUGAAAAAUGUCAUUCGAAGUCUACAAAGUUUUACAAUAAUUAAUAAAUAUCUAACAGAUGAACAAAUCAAAGAUAUUUAUGUCAUCUUCAAAGAGGAACAAUUAAGACAACAAUAUUGGGGCCAAACGGGAGAACUUAAAUCUCAAGAAAAGUUUGAUAUGUAUAACCCUUUUUACGAGAUCUUCAAGUUGGACAUGGAUCAGUUUAGGUGGUACUUCAGCCAUUUGUCUCCCUGGGCUCAGGCAGACAAUUAUGAUGUACUCGUUCAAAGAAUCUAUAAAUUAUUAGAUGAAAAUAAUGAUAAUUUAAUUAAUUUUCUUGAGUUUUUGGUGCUAAUGAUUGUUAUGCUGAGAUCAGACGCAGAGAUCAGAUUAAGAUUUUUAUAUUGUAUUCAUUUACUUAACAUUCCCGAACUCGUAGCCUCUCCUUCAGUAUCUGAAUUUGAAGUAAUUGAUUCACCCGAUACUGAAUUAGGAGCCGAAGCCACUGAGUUCUUUGCCGUUGAAGAUAUAGAAGAAAAGUCUGAAGAAAGUACACCUGUCAUCACAUUAUCGCAAUUUCUUUCAUCGUGUAAUAUAACGAAUACAAACCAGAGAUCCAGUUAUUAUAUGAUGGCCGGCAACACAAUGACCGGCGCUAUAAUCGGUUCACAUUCCAGUGCCUUAAAUGAUACCAACAGUUCGGGAGACCGGAAGCUCGGUUUGCCGACAAUGAACCAGACAUUGUUCAUACAAUUGUGGAAAACAUUGUACGAUCUAUUCUCAGGUCAAGAGAACGAACAACAGAUCUAUCAUUGCAUUGCAUCGAUGGGUACUUAUCUGCUAAAACUCGGAGAAUUGUCCUCUCAGUCCACUAAAUCACAAACGAGUCAAACCAACUCAGAUGACAGUCAGGAAAGUUUUCUCAUGUAUGACACCAAUGAUGUCGAUCCUGAUUGUCAUAAUACGAGUGACAGCGCUAAGAGUGAUCAACAAAAAUCAUGUGAUAAUAAUAAUAGCGAUGAUAGUGAUUGGUUCAUAACAUUUGAACAGUUUUGCGCUGCACUUCAUAACGAACAGACUUUAGUUGAUCUCUUUGAGGUCAAACACGACUGGUACUCAACUCUGGCCAAACUCAAGACCGGAAGGUUUGAGAAGCAACAGAGCUUUUCCGGAACCAACACUUCAAAUGUGGUUACCGUUUGAUACAUUGAUUUUUUUUGUACAAUUAUU